AUGGUUGACAAUCAGUCGACUGUUGCCAUAGCCAAGAAUCCAAUCUUUCAUGGCAAAACCAAGCACUUUAAGAUAAAGUUCCACUUUGUUAGAGAAGCUGAGCAAUCUAAAGAAGUCAGCUUAGUGCAUUGUUGUUCACAAGACCAAUUGGCUGAUAUCUUGACUAAGCCACUUGGUAUAGCAAGGCUCCUUAGUAAACAAGGAACAGCAGGGUGUAUUGGAAACAUUUACGACAGCAUUGAAAAUUUGGGCAAUUCCUAUAUGCUGUCAGAAAAAAUAACAGACAUCUUUUUGAAGACUCAAGCUUUUAACUAUGGUGUUUACGUACCUCGGUUGUGGCCAUCCAUGUCAUCGUCAAUAUACACCGAAUUCUACAGGUGUAGUAACUACAAACCAAAAGAGGAUUGUCGCAAGUAUAUGGCAAAUGUUUUGUCUUGUUGUUCUCGCUGCUACCAUCCAAUGUACCUUUAUUUCACUUUUGUGAAUUUGCGAGACAAGGUAGGGGUAGGUUUUGUUAAGGAAUCUGUAACUUAUAUGAUAAUGGAUGAUCUGGCAGUGAGGCCUAUGUCUGCUAAAUCUAUUAUCACUUUGCUCAACCACUUGAACAUAAAGGAUGCUGGUGAUCUUAAAGAGAAAGUCAUUGCCGUUGGAGCUAAUGGGGGAGUAGAAUUGCUUAGGGCAUCCAUGCAGACAAAAACGGUGCUUACUGCUGUUUUCCUUGGUGGGAAGAAGGAAUCCUCCAUAAAGUCCGAGCCUAUUCACUGA